UCUGCUCUGAAAAUCGCAAAUAUUUCUCGAGAUCGACCGUUUGAGCACCACUGGUCUAGAGGUUUAUAAGUUGAAUGUUCCACUGUACCGUGUGUCCUAUUUGGGUCUUGGGGUUUUUACCACCCUGUGCUACUUUUUUUGUGAAACUUUUAAUGCCACAAACAGAAUCAAUAGCUACGUUUGUUUCUGAGAUACAGGAUUAAAACGAAAAGUGUGAUUUUAAGGGAUGCUAUCCUAUCUUACUAUCCAUGUAAGAUAAAAAAAAAGGAUGAAACCAAAUAUCGCUACAUUUGUCAUUUGCCUGACAAUAUUUUGUUUACCACCGACACUAUCUCAACGCCAAGCACUAUUUAUCAAAAAAGAUCUUGUCGAUAAUGGAAAACGAGUUGCCAGGCAGACAAGUGCAGAUCAGAUGGUUCAAAACAUCCUCCAAUGGCUCCAAGGCGUGUACACAGACAACAGUAGGCGAAUUAGACAAGGAUCAUUAAGAGAGUACCUGCCUCCAGUAAAUACGCAAAAACCAAGGCCUUUUCAAACUGCAACUCCCGGAGAGAAUGAAAUUUUUGGAGGCUAUCCAGCCGCAGGAAGUGUGACACCCCAACCUCCAUUUGUGGAUGGCUAUCCAGCGUAUAAUCCGGAUUUGAAACCACCAGUUCCUGAUUUUACUAAAUAUCCUUCCAAACCGCAGCCUACAUUCUCGUCUUCGACACAUGGGUAUACAGCCACUGUACCAACCAGGCCGUCAUUUUCUACAGAAGACAAUAAUGGAUAUCCUCACGGACCCAGUACCGCGUACCCCUCAUCUAAUACCAAUUAUCCGUCCGCUACCACCGGAUACCCAUCCUACAGUUCCUCACGCCAUCCGACCACGGGAUAUCCUAGUCAAACCACGGGUUAUCCAAGCCCCACCACGGGAUACCCCACCACCACGUACUCACAUCCCACCACAGAUUAUCCUUCUUUCAGCACCGGUAAUUACCCCUCCCCAAACACCGACUACCCCUCUCCUAGCACCGGAUAUCCCUCACCAAAAUACCCUAGCUCAACAUCAGACUAUCGUACUACCCGCUAUCCCACGGGCUCCCCUUCAACAAAUCGCUAUCCGAACCCAAGCACCGAUCGAUACCCCACCACAGAUUAUCCAACAACAAACCAGCCAUUUACCACUCGACGUCCCUCUUUCAUUCCUGUAUCAUCAACUACACACUCCUAUUCAAAUGGAACAUCUUACUAUCCUACUUCUAGUCCCCGACCGUUUAUCACAUCGCGACCAGUCACGAACUAUCCCACUCAAUCGCCAACCGAAACCGACUCUCCGACAACCGGCUACUACUACUCGACGCCUGCUCCAAAACAUAACGAAAAUACAAUCCCUAGUGCGGAAAAGGACGAAGAAAUCACAGACCACUACCCGACCGAUUCUGAACAGACCACCGCAAUUUCCGCACGCGACGAUGAAGACGACGACCUGAAACAUCCUCCCCACAUUCACGCCAUUGACGUUGAGUGCUCGAAAGAUAUGAUGACGAUAAAUAUAGAAUUUAACAGACAGUUCGAUGGCAUCAUUUACUCAAAGGAUCACUAUAACAACCCGCGUUGCAGAUACGUUGACGAAAAUUCGGGAAAAACCAAGUACACGUUCACAGUCAGCUUAAAUUCGUGCGGAACGGAAUUCGUCAACGCUUUUGAUACUCAAGGAAAGUCGUACUUGGAAAAUGUACUCGUGCUACAAAAUGAAGCGGGCAUUCAGGAGGUGUGGGAUACCGUUCGUUCAGUACGGUGUCUUUGGGAAGGAAACCUGAAGAAGGUCUUAAACGUGGCGCUGAGCGUGGACAUGUUGAAUCAAGAAAUCGUGACGUUUAGUGGCGAUACCGCAAUGGCACGUUUGGAUAUUCAGCGAGGUAGAGGUCCAUUUGCGCCUUCGGCUAAUGGUCUUGUUAAAAUCGGGGAGGUCAUGACGUUAGUCGUUUCGGUAACCGGCGAUCCUGGAUUCGACAUACAGGUUAAGGACUGCAGGGCUAAAGACAGCAGCGGUAAGAACGUGGUGUCACUAACCGACGAUUACGGUUGCGUGUUGAAACCAAAACUGUUCGGUGCAUUCCAAAAGACCAGAAAUACGAAGGACACCGGCGCAUCGAUCAUUGCUUACGCAUUCUUUAAUGCCUUCAAGUUUCCAGACGUCAUGGACCUUACCUUAGAAUGCAACGUUGAUCUUUGCAAAACAGACUGUGAGAUGUGUCAAGAUCCCAAUCAGAAACUUGAGCCGGGUCGACGAAAACGUGAUACGUACUCUCAAAAUGAUACGAGUGAUAGUUCUUUAAAAAUUGGUAAAUUGUUAAGAGUCGUUUUACCCGAAGAUCUUAACGACAUCAAUUCGAGUACUGCGAUCAGUCUAACAAACCACGAUGGUAUUUGCAUGUCAGCGCAAGGAUUUGUGCUUAGUUCCGCUCUUCUAAUCUCCCUGUUAACGUGUAGUUGUUUAUUUAGUGCUUAUAUAUGGUUAAAAUAUCAACGCCUCAAGCUAAAAUAAGAGACUAAUUUAUUAUUCCACUGUUUGUCUCCUUUUCCUUCUAAGUUAUUUCUGCAGUUGCGUGUCGUUACAAGAAAUGUAUUGCCAAUUAUUUAA